UUAAACAUUUAUUGUGCCUACUAUGUGCCAGGCAUAAUGCUAAGGCUAAAUUUUUAAAAGGCACAGAGAUAAUCCCUGCCCUCAGGAAGUUUACAAUCUGGGGGGGGGGGGGAUAAAUGGGAAAUAAUCAAGUGACAAAGCACUGGAAUGAAAGGUGUAGAAAGGCUUCCUGUAGGAGGUGGGAGUUUAGUUGGGACUUGAAGUCUGAGGAGAGGAGGUCAGAAGCAGGGAGCGCAUUUUAGGUAUUGGGGACCCUUACUGAAGUGGGAAAAUUUGUCUAACUCUUCUUGGACUAGGCUGCUGCCGGGUUGGUCGUCUUUCUGGCCUUGGGGGGGAAGCGCCUGCCAGCAGAGGGCACUGUUUCCGUCUUCCUCUCUCGGGAAAGGCACAAGCCUUUGCUGGGGGUUUUCUCUCUUUCUCUCCUCUCCCUCUCCCUCUUCCUCCCUCUCUUCCCCCUCCCACUCCGCCUUCGCGCUCGCUCGCCUUCGGCCUCACAUCCGGGUCUGGCGCUGCUGCUGCCGUCGCUGUUGCUGCCGUUGCUGCGACCGCUGUCAGUGUUAGUGCUGGCACGUCCGCGGCGGGGUUGGAGCGCAGUAAAUGGCGGCGGAGGGAGGCGGAGCGGUAACCGCACUCAGCCCGGCGCCCCCAGAAACUUUAGCUUAAAAGCCCCACAACUUUCUCCCGGUUGCAGCCGCUCCUCGUGGGGGUUGACCCCGAAAGGGUGGGCGGAAGAGGAAGCUAGGCGGGAAGUCGAGUGAGGAGCAGGGGGAGGGAAGAAGAGGGGGCGGCUCGAACCCGCGGCGGAGGCGGCUGCUCGGAGAGGUCGCCUUUGCCUCGCGGCGCCGCUGUAGGUCCCGGAGCCCGAGCUUGGGCCUCGCGCCUCGGAACCGACCCUGGAGUCGGGCUAGAAGGAGCUUCCUCCUCGAAAGGUGGGCGCGUCUCCGGCGCCCCAGCCCUGUUGCUUGUGUCCCGGCCGGCCGGCGGCGGGGAGAGGGGGAAGUAGACCAGGUCUCUGGCCAGACCAGAACCGGCGUGCGUGCGUGCCUCCGAGUCGUGGCUAGGGCGGUGGUGUAGGGGGGCUGCCUGGCGGCCGGCCCAGGCUCUAUCUCCCUGCUACUGAGUUCGAGGGGUUCCGGAGAAAAGCCGGGCCCCAGGCCCCGCCGCCCCGGGGUCGCGGGGCGGGGCGGCGGUGAGGAGCGAGGGAAGGGGGGUGGGGAAGAAGAUGGAGGGAUUAACGCUGAGCGAUGCAGAGCAGAAAUACUACUCCGAUCUCUUCUCCUACUGCGACAUCGAGAGCACCAAGAAGGUGGCGUCCAACGGGAGGGUGGUGGAGCUGUUCCGGGCCGCGCAGCUCCCCAACGAGGUGGUCUUACAGAUUAUGGAACUUUGUGGUGCAACAAGACUUGGCUAUUUUGGAAGAAGUCAAUUCUAUAUUGCUUUAAAACUUGUAGCUGUGGCCCAGUCUGGUCUCCCAUUAAGAGUGGAAAGCAUAAAUACGGUAAAGGAUCUCCCCCUGCCCAGAUUUGGAGCUUCAAAGAAUGAACAAGAAUCUCGGCACACAACUUCAUAUUCUUCAGAUGCUGAAAAUCAAGGAUCCUAUUCAGGUGUUAUUCCUCCACCACCUGGUAGGGUACAAGUCAAAAAGGGCUCUGUAAGCCAUGAUACUGUCCAGUCACGUUCCUCCACAGAACAACAGGAAUCCAUAUCUCCAGUAGUUUCACCCCAGCAGUCCCCUCCAACUUCUCCACACACCUGGAGGAAACACAACCGCCAUCCCAGUGGAGGAAAUAAUGAACGUCCCCUUGCUGGACCUGGACCUUUUUGGUCACCAUUUACUGAAGCACAAACAGGUUCCUCAGCUGGCGAUACCAUGUGGUCUGGUCAUUCUCCACCUCCACCUCAAGAAAACUGGGUCAGUUUUGCAGAUACUCCACCAACCAGUACUCUUUUAGCCAUGCAUCCUGCUUCUGUCCAGGACCAGACAACAGUCCGAACUGUAGCAUCUGCUACAACUGCCAAUGAAAUUCGUAGGCAAUCCAGUAGUUAUGAUGAUCCCUGGAAAAUAACAGAUGAACAAAGACAGUAUUAUGUAAAUCAGUUUAAAACCAUUCAACCUGAUCUAAACGGAUUUAUUCCAGGAUCUGCAGCUAAAGAGUUUUUUACAAAAUCAAAACUACCUAUUCUUGAACUUUCUCAUAUUUGGGAACUCUCAGACUUUGAUAAAGAUGGCGCUUUGACACUGGAUGAAUUUUGUGCUGCUUUUCAUCUGGUAGUUGCUAGGAAGAAUGGUUAUGACUUACCUGAAAAACUACCUGAAAGCUUAAUGCCCAAACUGAUUGAUUUGGAAGAUUCAGCAGAUGUCGGAGAUCAGUCAGGUGAGGUAGGUUACUCAGGGUCUCCUGCAGAAGCACCUCCAAGCAAGUCACCAUCAAUGCCAUCAUUAAACCAGACCUGGCCAGAACUGAAUCAGAGCAGUGAGCAGUGGGAGACAUUUAGUGAACGCUCUUCAAGCUCACAAACUCUGACCCAAUUUGAUUCUAACAUUGCACCAGCUGAUCCUGAUACUGCUAUUGUUCAUCCAGUUCCCAUUCGAAUGACUCCAAGCAAAAUACACAUGCAGGAAAUGGAACUUAAAAGAACUGGAAGUGAUCACACUAAUCCCACUAGCCCAUUACUUGUGAAACCACCUGAUCUUUCAGAGGAAAAUAAGAUAAAUUCAUCAGUGAAAUUUGUUUCUGGAAAUACAGUUGCAGAUGGUUACAGUAGUUCAGACUCUUUUACCUCUGAUCCAGAGCAGAUUGGAAACACUGUAACUCGGCAACGGUCACAUUCAGGAACCUCUCCAGAUAACACUGCACCUCCUCCCCCACCUCCAAGACCUCAUCAAUCCCACUCUAGAUCCUCAUCUUUAGAUAUGAAUAGAACCUUUACAGUUACAACAGGACAACAACAGGCUGGAGUUGUUGCCCAUCCUCCUGCAGUGCCUCCAAGACCACAGCCUUCACAGGCUCCAGGUCCUCAUGUGCAUCGCCCAGUGGAUGCUGAAGGCCUAAUAACUCACACUAGUACCUCACCUCAACAGAUACCAGAGCAACCAAAUUUUGCAGAUUUCAGCCAAUUUGAAGUAUUUGCUGCAUCUAGUGUAAAUGAAGAACAUGAUGAUGAAGCUGAGAAGCAUCCAGAAGUCUUGCAGGUUGAAAAAUCUUCUGAACCUUCAGCUUCUCUUAGAGUUGCCAAAACAGAUGGAAGAGUUGAGGAAAAGACAGCUGCUAGUGCUCCUGCCAAUGCGGGCAAAGGCACAACACCUCUUGCUCCACCUCCUAAGCCUAUUCGUAGAAGAUUAAAAUCAGAGGAUGAACUAAGACCAGAAGUUGAUGAACAUUCACAAAAGACAGGUGUCUUAGCUGCCGUUCUAGCUUCACAGCCUUCUAUACCUAGAUCAGUUGGGAAGGAUAAGAAAGCUAUUCAGGCAUCAAUUAGACGCAAUAAGGAAACCAACACAGUUUUGGCCAGAUUGAAUAGUGAAUUGCAGCAACAAUUAAAGGAUGUUCUUGAAGAGAGAAUUUCCUUGGAAGUUCAACUGGAACAGCUUCGGCCAUUCUCUCACCUAUAAGCCAAUUGCCGUUAACUGUGAACAUAUUCAUUUUUAAUGGGGUAUUGGGCUCUCUCUAAGCCAGUUUGAAGACCAGACAUUUAGCUCACUGCUCUCUAUUCAACAUUAAGUAUUGUGGUUGUUUUGUCCUGUAUGUUCACCAUUGUAUUUAAGGUUUUUUUUGUUUUUUGUUUUUUAAUUUCAACAAUAAAGAGGGCCAGGAUGACCUUUUUCUGAAAGGAAUGUUGUAUUUGUUGCCACUCCCAAACCUUGUUGACCCCCUGACAUAAGGAGUAUGUGAUAUUGGUCCCUUGUAUUAUGUUUAAGUGGCCAAAACUUUAAACUGGAAUUUAUGUACAUAACGGGCUUCUCAGCUGCAUGUCAAGCACUGUCCACAGAAAUGUCUUUAGAAAAGGUAAAACAGUAAAGUGUAAUGACUCCUAGAGUUAACUCUCUGGGUUUCAUUCUUUGCAUAUCAUACAUUUAUUUUUAAAGUAGGUCACAAAAACAGACUCCCUUCAUAGUCUCUAAAAUUGACAGUACUGUAGUAGGCAAAGCAUUCUUUGCUUACAUAUUAGGUACAGAAAAAGCAGCCCGUUUCUUUGCAAUAAACCAAAUCAUUCAGGGUGCCACAGAGUCUUCGCAGGCUGCCUUGCCAUAUCAACCAAGUUGUCAUAUUUCAUAGUUUCUUAAUAACCCUUCAGAGUGUAGCUAAAAAUCACCUGUCAAGUUUUUCCAUACAUUUUUGAUUUAGCAGAAUUCAUGCAAACAACUAUGAUGUAGGGAACCUAGUGGUCCUUUCUCAACUCACUUCUACAGAAAAAAAAGGCAUGGGGGGGAUUUUUUUUAUCCCUAACAGAGAUUAAAUCUACCCCCACCCCCACCCCCUGGCCAUCACUUCUAUCUGCAUGUUCCACACACUUAUCUUUUAAUAAUUCAUAUCCACCAGUCUUUACUGUAACAGGUUGUCAUAUAUUGUGUGUCAAUACCUCUAUGAACUUUAAUUCCAACAAAAUACUUAGGAUUUCUGGGUUACUGUCUGUCAUCUUGUCAUUAGGCCUUAUUCUUUGGGCAUACAGACAGGCUUUACACCAUUAACAGAGUUCCCUGAGUGUAUUCUACUAUUCAGGUUGAUGUACUGUAUUAGGAUUUGUUGUAUAUUGUAUGAUACAUGCCUUUUGAUCUCAUGUGUAAAUUUGCUUUAAUUGCUGACUAACAGCAGAUAAUCUAUUUAAUGGCUUAUUCUGGCUGUGGGAUCAUAGAUGUUAAACUGCAUGGAUGUAUCUCAGCAGAAUCAGAACUAGCAAAUGUGUGAUUUUUACACCAAUAAAACAGCACAAUAUUUUCA